AUGUCCGACGCUGUCGAAACAUACAAAAAUACUCUCGAGUCUCGGGACAAAGCUAUCCGAGACUCGUGGGUGAAAACGAUGGAAGCUAGACUCGUUCGGGAGGAGCUUCAGAAGUGUCAUAAAUUCGAGGGUGUGAAUCAUUACCAGUCGUGCAAAGAAUUGGCUGAGAAAUAUAUUGACCUAUUGAAGGACGCCAAGGUUAAAGGCUUCACCACGAUUGAUUCAUAG